UAAUAAUAUAAAUAAUGACUGACCAACUAGAUCAAUUAGCUGCCGCUGAGCUGCAGCGCUUACAACGCCAACAUCGCUCGCUUCAGCUAGAUUUGCGUGGGCUGCUCGAGGAAAAGGCGAAGCGCCUGAAAAAGCAAAAUCACAUGAUUAACGUAUUGCAGCAGGAAAACGAGAAGCUAAAGGAAGAAAUCAAAACCUUGGAGGGCGGCACUCAUGCUCGUCGAAAUACCAAUAAGGAGAAACAGUUGAGCAAUCUGCAAGAGCAGCAAUCGGAGCUGCAGCGCGCCUAUCAAAACGAGCAAACUAAUCUGUGGGAACUAGAGGGUCACAUACGUAAAAUGGAGAAAGAGAUUGACGCACUGCGUCGCAAUGAAGUGCCCGACAACUGCUACAAGGACACCAUCUGCAAGGUGCAGAAGAGUGUCGUCAAACUUGAGAACCGCCUUGAUGUGGUCAACAAAAAGUGCAGCGAUGUCCUAACGGAGAAUAGCAAGAUGAGAGAUGCCAUCAAUCAUAUGCUGCAAGAUCGUGCAAAUUUCAACGAGAUGUGGCAAUCAAUGGUGACCCAAUUCAACGAUGGCAAAAAGCUUAUCAUGGACCUCAUUGAUCAGUCCACAAUGGCAUUCGAUCAGCGGCAGGAGCUCUGCACAAAGCUAUCCGUGCUCAAGGAUCGCAAUGAGAAUGACAAAGUCAUGCACAUCCAGGAGAUGCGAGAGAUGCAACGUCGCUUAGAGCACGACGCCAAGCUGCAGAAAUUCUUCGACAUCAAAGGUCAGAAACGGCUCAAUCCGGAGCUGGAGCAACGUGAGCUGGAUAAGAAACAGAGCCAGAAGGAAAACUAUGAGCGCCAGCUGUUCGAGUAUAAAGAGAUCAUAGAGAGAAUCAAACAGCUAUACGGCGAGGAUGACACCGAACGUCUGGUGGCACAAUUCAAGCGCCAGGAAGACGAAAACUUUGCGCUCUUCAACUACGUGAACGAGUUGAGUCACGAAGUGGAGGUGCUCAACGAUACCACACAAGAAUUAACAGAAGAGAUUGAGCGUCAGAAGUCUGAACAAACAGAGAAGGAGCUGAAGCUCAAAACUGAGGCCUUGGACUAUUUAAAUGACGAACUGGCGCGCAUAGAACAGCUGGCCAAGGAGACGAGGGAAAAGAAACACAAUCUGAGCAACAGAUUGCAGCAGCUGCUCAAGGGCAUAGAGGAUAUAUUCAAAUUGCUGGCUUGUGACGAUGCGCCGAUAUUGAAUGUGCUCAGCUCGAAGACCUUCCUCACGGUGCACAACGUGAAGCUCUUCAUAGGCGUCAUCGAGCGUCGAGUGAAUAUUAUAAUCAGCACCAUUAACAUUGAGGAUAAUUCCAACAGGAUACUGGCCAGAAAGGAUCGUGUGCCGAAGUUUAACAUACGCGAAUCAGCUAAAAUGAAACACUAAUUGAAGUCUCGAAAAGGAAAACACCAUAUAUUUAUU